AUGAUCCUUUUAAUACUUGUCAUAUUGAACUGUGUUCCUGUGACGUCAUCGAAAUCCAUACUUCGGUUCCACGGCGCAUCCGAAUACAGUGUGAUGCACGACGACCGGCCCACAGUUCAGCGCCAGCUCAGAAUCGAGUCGACGAUGACGUCAUCGAUGGAUGAAGACGUUACAUUAAAUCUACCGCAUGCAAUGGACGAGAACUCCAUAACAAAUUCGAACGAUCGCGUUGCCGCAGGUGCUGAAGAAUUAAAACUGCCGAUAUUGCGCACCGAAGCGGGGGAAUCGCUGAACUCUGCGGUUCAACCGCAAUCCAACUACAUUCUGAUGGGUUCCACCGAACAACGAGUGGAACCGCAGAGGGAGAUUUUACACGCGGCUGAAUCGUUGGAUGUAAGUCAUCAUGCGGACGGUAGACCUGCACCACAGAAGGAGGUUGUUCUACGGAAUUCACUCACACAGGUUGAGGUAAUUCCUACAGAUGUUGUGCCUAUUAUUAUCACGACAACUGUCACAUCUGCACCGACAACUGUUCCGACGGUGUUGUCGACUUCGUCAUCGAUAUCACAUGAACCAUUAGCCACUGAAAUUGUGCAUAAUGUGGAUGAAACAAGUUUGUUGGCGAAGGUUGAGGAGAAAACGCGUGAUUAUAAGGCGGCGUCGGACGAGUUACCCACUGCAAAGACGUUUGCCCUGGAUGAGGUGAAACCUGUGCUGCCUAGUUCCACAAAAGACAAUUUAUUCGCGGAGAAGAGUAAAGAAAAAAGCGUUUCAGUAGAUGAAACGAAAUCCGAACCCACUGCCGGUCCUCAUUCGGACCUGAGAUCAAAAGAAGAGGACGAAGACGCUGAACCGUUGCCAGAAUUUGAUGAGAAGACAGAUGUUGAAUUAGAAUUUCACGACGAUGAUGUCGGCACAACGCCAUCUGAUGAAAUUUUGCCGACCACAACAGAGUCGACGUCUUCGAUUCCGCCACAAACCACCAGCGCAUCUAUUCCUACUACGUUGCCAGUGGAUUCUGCUGAGAAAGAUUUCUUUUCUGAAGAAGAAAUCUAUGAUAUCAUCAUGUUUUUGGUCAAACUUUUACCGGAAGUUGAAGAACGAAGUACAUGGUCGAAAAUUAUCGCUGGAUUGCAGUGCGCCUUACGGGAUUGUCGUCGAGCGUUUCCACGUCUUACUACGAUACAGACACCGGUCGGCAACGGAACAUUUAUCAUAAGGCGAGCGCGAUCAGAAUGUUUAUGCUCCAUUAUGAAAUCGCAGGAGAAUAAGAAUUCUUGA